CACUGUCACUGAAACAAUGACAGAAUCCUUAUGUCACUCAAAGUCAUCGGUCAUCUCCACGACUCGACGUCCGUCUUUAAUUCCUUCACCUUCCCAUUUAACCCUAAAACUCCCGUAGCCUUAUUGCCUACCACCCUCACUCUUUUCUCCGUAAAUUCAUUAGACCUCUUGCUCUCUCUUCUUCACUACAUGCCAAUCUUGUUAAUUUCUUUAUUUCCAAGUACACAUCUUCAUUCUUUUAGCAAAUGUCACCUUCUUUAUUUCCCAAAAACAUGCCAAAUUUCUCCGCACAGUUCUUCUUGGUUGCUCUUUGUUUGUGCACGUCCUAUGCCAGUAGCAAUGAUGUUGUGGGAGCUGAGUGCCUUAAUGUGCCAGUGACCGAAUUUGUAGGCUCUCUAAGGACCACUAUUGAUGCUAUAAGGAAAGUUACCCCCAUCGUCUCGCAGUUUGGCAACUUUUUUGGUGAUUUCCUACUUACUAAUGCCAUUUCUGAUUGUCUUGAUCUGCUGGACUUUUCUGCUGAAGAGUUAAGCUGGUCUCUGUCUGCUUCCCAGAAUCCUAAUGGUAAAAAUAACAGUACUGGUGAUCUAACUUCCGAUUUGAGGACAUGGCUGAGUGCUGCAAUGGCUAAUCAGGAGACAUGCAUUGAUGGGUUUGAGGGUACAAGUAGCAUGGCCAAAACUGUGGUAGCAGGGAGCCUUAACCAAGUCACUUCAAUGGUCAGUGAUCUUCUCACCAUGGUGCGCCCUGGUCCCAGUUCCAGGUCCAAUGGAGGUAACAGGAAUGGUGGCCAAAAAGGUGGUGGAGGUAGCGCUGGUGGGGGUCAUCCUAGCCAGAAACUUGCAAAUAAGAACCAAUUUCCAUCAUGGUUCAAAAGGGAGGACAGAAAAUUGUUACAAGCAAACGGGGUAUCAGCUGAUGUUGUGGUUACAGCAGACGGGACUGGAAAUUUUACUAGCAUAAUGGAUGCUGUGUCCGCAGCACCCGAUUACCGCAUGAGCAGAUAUAUUAUUUACGUUAAGAAGGGUUUAUAUAAAGAGAAUGUGGAAAUUAAGAAGAAGAAAUGGAACCUUAUGAUGGUUGGUGAUGGAAUGGAUGUCACAGUAAUAUCCGGAAAUCGAAGCUUCAUUGAUGGUUGGACCACAUUUCGAUCAGCAACCUUCGCUGUAAGCGGAAGAGGAUUCAUAGCAAGAGACAUAACGUUUGAGAACACAGCAGGGCCUCAGAAACACCAAGCAGUAGCAUUGAGAUCCGACUCAGACCUGUCAGUUUUCUUCCGCUGUGCUAUUAGGGGCUACCAGGAUUCACUCUAUACUCACACAAUGCGCCAAUUUUUCCGGGAAUGUAAGGUCACUGGCACUGUGGAUUUCAUAUGUGGUGAUGCCACUAUGGUAUUCCAGAACUGCCAAAUCCUAGCCAAGCAAGGCCUACCAAACCAGAAAAACACGAUCACAGCUCAAGGUCGCAAGUGCCCGAAUCAACCUACGGGCUUCUCCAUUCAAUUCUGCAAUAUCUCCGCUGAUACAGAUUUAUUACCUUUUGUUAACUCCACUCCUACGUACCUUGGAAGACCCUGGAAGCUGUAUUCAAGAACCAUUAUCAUGCAAUCCUACAUCAGUAAUGCUAUAAGGCCUCAAGGGUGGCUUGAGUGGAAUCAAGAUUUUGCUUUGGCCACCUUGUACUAUGCAGAGUACAUGAAUUUUGGGCCAGGGGCUGUUCUUGGUAGCAGAGUUAAGUGGCCUGGUUACCAUGCGUUGAAUAACUCUGCUCAAGCUGAUAAUUUUACAGUGGCUCAAUUCAUUGAAGGAAACUUGUGGUUGCCGUCAACUGGCGUUAAAUACACAGCCGGAUUGGGGCUAUAAAUAAGCGAUUAAUGUAACUUCAUUUAUCAGACAAAAAAUAGUAACUUCAUUUAUGUAUUUAAUAUGGAUUUAUAUUUAAUGUAAGCUCACGUAAUACACUAAUAGUAAAUUACAG